GUGGCCUUGAUCUCUCGUCUUCUUCUUCUUUGAGUUCUUCGUGUUCGAAUCACUGGUAAUGGAGACGAUGGAAUCCUGCGUUCCACCAGGUUUCAGGUUUCAUCCCACGGACGAAGAGCUUGUUGGAUAUUAUCUAAGGAAGAAGGUGGCAUCUCAGAAGAUUGAUCUCGACGUUAUUAGAGACGUCGAUCUGUACAGAAUCGAACCAUGGGACCUCCAAGAGAGAUGCAGAAUAGGGUAUGAAGAGAGGAACGAGUGGUAUUUCUUUAGCCACAAGGACAAGAAGUAUCCAACAGGAACAAGGACGAAUCGGGCGACCAUGGCUGGGUUUUGGAAGGCAACUGGAAGGGAUAAAGCUGUGUAUGAUAAGAUGAAACUCAUUGGCAUGAGGAAGACUCUCGUCUUCUAUAAAGGAAGGGCUCCUAAUGGACAGAAAAGUGACUGGAUCAUGCAUGAAUACAGGCUUGAAUCCGAAGAAAAUGGUCCUCCUCAGGAAGAAGGAUGGGUGGUUUGCCGAGCAUUCAAGAAACGAACCAACUGCCAAACAAGAGGCAAUGAAGGAUGGGACUCAAGUUAUUUUUACGAAGAACAAAGUGUUAUAAGUUCCAUUGUUGAUCCCAUGGAUUACAUUCCAAGGCAGCCUCAUAAUUUCCUGUGUAAGCAAGAGAUCGAAGCAGAUAAUUUGAACUUCUUGCGUUCCCAUAGUUUUGUACAACUUCCUCAGCUUGAGAGCCCAACUCUACCAUUAAUAAAGAAGCCAAAUCUGAUAUCAAUGAUGUCAUCUGAAAAUAACAAAGAAGAUGAAGAGGGUGGAAGAGGGUGCAAUAAUGACACAGAGAAAGUAACAGAUUGGAGGGCUUUAGACAAGUUUGUUGCUUCCCAAUUGAGUCAAGAAGAUAGAUAUGAUGGUGAAGGGAUAUCAAGCUUUGGAGAUAAUCAGAAUUCAGAUAUGGCUUUGCUUCUGUUGCAGAGUACAAGUGAGGAAGGGAAUAAGUUAAAUGGGUUAUUGAGUUCUGAUGCAGACUGUGACAUUGGAAUUUGUGUAUUUGACAAAUGAAGAGAUAAUGGAGAAGGUAUGGAUGGGUUGAAGAUAAAGAGGGACUAAGUGCAGAUUGGAGACUGGAAGGUGUGUUGUUAUUUUUAUUUUUUUUCUUUGUUCAUCAAAUCUCUAUUU